UAGAGUGGCAGCCUGAUAUUGAGUGUACACCUGAACUAGAAUCUAAGCACAAUGAAUUGAAAAAUGCCUUUAGAACCAAUCAUCUGCAUGAGUCAAGUGUUCGAAAACUGAUGGCGGAAACAUAUUCCAUCCAGCGUGCAACGAUCAACAAAGGAAGCACUGUCAACACAGUAAUGGAAGAGUGGCCCUUCCUUUUUGAAGCAGUUUACCUAUUUGAUCACACAUGUACUCUUCUUGGCUUUCCGGUGCAACAAAAGCUGGCUGAGGAAUUGUCAAAAAAAGGAAAGACCAUCAUAGAUUUUCUUGACUCAAAAGGCAUGAAGAUGCAACUAGUUGAAAAUCCAGUACAACUGAUCUCUGCCAUUGCCAAAUUCUUCAAGGAAAACCCUGAUUGCCUCUUUUCCCAACAUGAGGACUCAACUUUUGCUAGCAUUCCAAGCACACCCUGCAUUCUUAUUAUGGCAAAUGGUCUGUUUAAGAUUGCUGUCGAUCAAGAGGUUGUUAAUGACCACAUCACCUCCCCUAUUGUGGCCCUGAGCUACGCUUUUUGUUUGUUUUAUGUCUUGAACAUAAAAUACCCAAAGGAGAUGGGACUUACCCUGGAAUUCAUACAAAGAGUUUUCCUUGGAAUAAAUCCCGAGCGAGGGUCUAAGGCUGAGAUGAAGGGAACAAAGCACCAACGCAUCCCUCCCAGACUGCUGAAGUUCCUUUAUGAACUAAACAACUUUGAAAACCCAUAGAAAAUUAGAGUUUUAUGUCUAAACUCACACUUGGAGUAAGGUACACAGAAUGCACAUGCACACAGGCCACCUUGCAUGUCAUUGAACCACUUUGUGCCUGCUCUUCCUCCUGUGAUUGUACUUUUUUUUUUUUUCAUUUCAUGAGUAAAAAAUGACUGCAUUGAAGAGUUCAAUUGCGAGAGUGGUUUAUGUAAACAUUGCAGUUGUUAUUGAUGAUUUUGAUGAUGCUUCUGUCCUGUCUUUGUUUGAGUUGGUGCUUGUAAAAUACAUGUUUGACAUUUAUUUUAAAAGUAUUUGUUCAUGUUUGUUUUUGUAUGACUUUUUGCUGUGUAAUGCAGCAAACAAUCACUUUUAGAGACCCUUGCGUAUCUUUAUAUGAACUGUUAGUUCAAUAUUUGAGUGAUGGAAGCAUCAGUCUUUGUAUGACAGGUUUGGGUUGAUGCCUGUAAUUUGUUCUUGUGCCUGGUUUUAAAUCAAGUUUUCACUUUAGAAGCUUGCAACCACUAAUAAUUUAAUUCUGUUUUUUGUUCUUUGUAGCAAAAAGAAAUUGUCUAACUAAACAAGCAGUUUUGAAACUGUGCUUAUAAAAGUGUUAAAUGAAUUG